AUGGGUCGGCUGCGCGCGCCGAUCAUGGAUCAGCCACGUCACAUUCACGAUCUCGCCGAUGAACUACUGAGUGAGAUCGCAUCAUUCCUCGACCCACCCCGGGUGAUGUACACCAAACCCAUUGGGAAGAGCCAUGAAUCCAGUGAUACCUUUGGGGAAGCCUCCGACCUCGAUCGCUUCCGUCUGGUAUCCAAGAGGUUCAUGCGGAUUGGCACUCCUCACAGGUUCUCUCGCUUCACUCUACGUUUCUCCAAACAUGGAUUUCGGCGACUAGAUCAGCUGCUAGAGAUGCAGCUAGCGUGUUAUGUGAAGAGCUUCACAUACAUGGUACGGGGAUUCUAUCAAGGACGCGGGUGGCUUCACAUCAUACAAGAGCUCGGAACCAAAAAACCAACGCUUCGAGUUCAUAGUCGCCGAUACCGUGAGCAAACAGAGCUCACCCUCGAUAACCACGACCAAUCCCGCCUCCGUAUCGCCUUCGCAGCAUUAACAUCCUUACAAGAGAUCACUCUCCUCAAGCUACAAGACGGUGCAGACACUAACCUUUUCCUGGCGAUGCGCAACCACCAAACGGCAUCCUUCACCUGGGAACCCGCCUGCACGCGGGCAAUAACAAGCCUGGGCAUUGCGCUUCUGAACUCGAACUCCAAGAUCCGCUUUACAGCACCCCAAAUCAGCCCCCGUGCUAUCCUCAAUCUCCUCCAUGUCCCUGCAGCAUCCUUAUCCGCAAUGGGAUCCCAUCUCACGAGCCUCGACAUAAACAUGCUAUCACCCCCGGAUCCCGCAAAUACUAUCAACUCCCUUUCACCCUCCCUCCAUCAUUUCUUCAUGGCAGCCAAAAGCCUCACCGCAAUCCACAUCGGCUUCCUGAGUCGACGUCCUCCGGUCCUCAAUCUAGACUCAAUGUUUCAACACGUCCGCCGGAACGCACUGCGAACACUAAGCAUCCAAGGUUGGCGCCUAGAUGCCAGCGACAUCAUCGCACUCGUACGCCGACAUACCCAACUCCGAGAUCUGAGGCUCGUGGAAAUUUCCCUGCGCACCGGACUCUGGCGUGAUGUGCUUCUCGUUCUGCGCGAGGAAUUGGCCCUAGAACAUCUUGAGCUGAGGGAUAUUGACUAUGAUAGCAAUACUUACUCCCCGAUUACUGGUGCGGACAUAUCUGAUUCUGGGCCAUUUCGGAAUUUGGCACGCGUUCCUUCUCCCCUUACCGUUUCUGCGGGGACUGCGGAGGUGGGAUCGGCUGAUGUACCGGCUCUGAGAGGGAGGCGGGGGCUGUUGAGGCGGGACUCUGUGGAGAAGCUGAGGGGCUUGGCGGUGGAGGAUUUGGGGGAUGAUGGGAUGAGGGUUAUGCGAAGGCGAUUGCCUGAUUGGGAGGCUUGGGUGCUUUCUCCGACAAGGCGGAGUGGAAGGAAUGGGAGAGCGUGGAAUAUGUAG